AAUCACCGCUUUGAUGAAAUGUCCUCCAAUUAAAAACACGACUGUCAGGCGAGUAUCCAAUCAGAGCUUUAAUAGGAUGCCUGCCAAUGGAAAUAGAGGGUGUGAGAUUGUCCUCCUGGGAGUACGGCAAGCCGGAGGGGCCGUGCCUGUAGUGGAUGAGUGGGCGGUGUGUAGAGUGUUUCUCCCUGAGGGAGAGGAUGUGGGAUGGUGAAUAUAGGAGGUAAACACGCAGUGUGUGCUAGCUGCAUGUCUGACCCUCUGUGUUAGGACACCCCCAGCCAUUACCCUACAGGCAGCACAACCCCAGCCAGGGGGUUCACUAAAGGGAGCUGCACAGAUCAGGCCAAAGUAGUCGAUAUGAAACCAUGUCUGACUUGGAGAAUUUUUCCAGUUCGGCUACUUUGGCCUAAAACUUGGAAUUCCCUUUAAAUUCCUGGCCUUUUUUCCCUGUGUGAGUUUUGCUGUACAUUUAUACAACCUGCAGAUAUAAACGUGUCCUGUAGACCCCACUACAGCCACCUCUCUAUUAUGGUACCUACCACCCAGUGGUGGCCAAAUGGUAGCUCCUCAGCUGAAAUUCCAAUGCUGCCCUGGCAUGGCAUGGAGUUUGCUUUAAGGGUGGCAUUGCAUCAUGGGAGUUGUAGAGUGCUACUAUUUGUCUUUCCUUAAAAUUACUUUGUACCAUUUAUGCUAGCAUGUGGGCAUAAAACUCCUUGUAUGCAUUGGGUCAUUUGAUGUCCUUUUCUAUUUGUUUUGGUUUAUUUUUAGGAGGGGUCUGGAAUUUUAGAUAACUGUGCCCUUUCCAGGGUUUUGCUAUGAGAAGGUAGAUUUUUAAAUGUAUUUUUUGCACAUAAAUAUGGCAAUUUGCUGGCCUCCGUCAGCUCAUUGAGAGUUUACAACUUUGUUUCUGCUGAAAUACUUUCUCCAGGCAGGGUGUAAAUGUACCGUCGACAAUAUAAAAAUAAUUAUACAGUACUCUGUUUAACAGGAUUCCAGCCGUAAUUAAAUAAUUAAUUCCGAGCCAGAAUAUGAAUUAAGCACACUCACAUACUAUGUGAAAGAUACAUGUGUUUAUUUUUUAUUUAUUCAUUUUUGUCCAAUGUUUACUUGAUUGCUAUUUGAAAGUUUUAGAUGAAGCGAACAGUAGCACAGAAACAUAAAUAGAGCCAUGACACAUGUAUAUUGGAUACAGCAUAAACUGUAAAGUAACAAGGAAGAUGCAUGUACUCUGGUAACCUUACCCAACCAACAAAGCCUACUGAAAUAUGAAGUUACCAUCUGGUGGGUGAAAUUUAACAACCCCCACUACCCUGACAAAAAGAAAAUCCUUGAACUGUAUGUUUGCCUUUUUUUGAUAAAUACAUUUUUUAAACGAAAUAGGAUAACUUUUAUAUGGAGUCAUUCUGUUAUUUCUAUUUGGAUUGUAAGAGUUGGUUAGAGAUUUUUUCCUGCUUGGAAAUUGAGUUAAAACACAUGUAUUGGUAUUCUAUUGUUGCGAUGGUAUUGGUUUGUUUUGUAGCUUGGUGGCACUAUAAUUUAUUAAAGUGAACUUGUCAUGACCGAUAUAUGUUUGGAGUUUCUUAGCAAUCUGGCUUACAAUUUAAGUGUUUCUUUCAUGCUAUAUAUACUAUAAAAAGUUAAUUUUUAAAUGUAUUUCCAUUACCCCUGUCUCCUCAUAAAUCCUGUUUUCAGUGGGUGUCACAGUUGCUGUAAUACACACCUCUCCUGCAUACCUCUGUCUGGGAAGCACUUGCUUCCCAUAACAGGUCAAAAGCACAUAUAUCACUUUGAGUCGGCUGUUUAAUUUAAAAGCUUUAGCUUUGCCUCUCUGCAGGCUGAAAAACAAACAUGUAAAUAUAUAUAUAUUCCAGCGCACUCGCUUAUUCACUAAACAAUGAUUUCAAAUCUUAGAGAUUGUAAUAGUUUUAUUUAAAAACACCUCACCUAGGCAAAAAAUGAUAGGGGUUUAGUUACUUUAUAUGAUCAUACAUUGCAUAAGCCUACCAACUACGUCAAAGUACCCCAUAUUCGACAGGUCCUAUCCUAGUAGCAGGCUAAUGUGUGCUCUUAUGAGAUUAAGCCACUAACUUGGGACAUACUUCCUUACUGGGACUCUCUGCAAGUCAAGGCUAAAUAGGGUCCUGGAAUGAGGCACCUGUAACAGGUAUAUAACUUUCUUAUGCUUUAAACACCUACUCCAGGGGAGAUACUGAUCUAACCAAUCGACAUCAUAUCCCUAGGAAUGCUGGAAAAGUGCAUGGGGCUUGCAUGACCGUUACACGUGCAGUUGGAAGAUCUCUUGACCUUGUAAAAUCGUGACAAGGGGAGAAGAGAUGGAGUCUGAUCAGUGUGAUUCAUGCAUAGCAGGAUCUGUAUUAGGGUUUCUCUCUCAUAAUGAUGCCCUAUUUCUCGAAUAUAUCCAUGGCAGCACUACAGAUGAGUAUAGCUCCUCCCACUCCCAAAUUGGAUAGGAACACCUGCUAAUUAAACAAAUAAAAGAGAGAUCCCUCCCCUAAGUCCCCAGUCUUUUUUUUUUUCUUGUCCACUCACAUGGACAAAGAUGUUUUACACCUUUUUGUGGCUUACUCUGGUCUAAUGGCACCCCAGCCCAUGAAGAGUUCAGCCUCUCUCCCCAUGGAAGCCUCAGGAAGGAUUCUCCCCUUAGCGACCGGGGGAGUCUUGCUUCAGUGACUCUAUAAGUAGCAGCUGUGCCAUUACCCAUGAGGUGAUAACUCCUGAGCAAGGGUACACCUACACUAUUGAAGCACUGGGAUUCUUCUGGCUUUCCCAUGAAUUAUGUCUUUUCAGCAUGAUCAAGGAUUACUUUUCCUCUCCAUGAAGAAUGGGUUCGGUGUCUUGUGUCAUCUGUACAUGGUGAGUGUAACUUUUCUUCCCUGAUAUUAAAUUUUCCUGUUGGAGUAUUGGAGGCUUAUACCCCAUAUAUAUUUCUGGGGGACUCCCAAUUUCUAAACAUGUUAUUCCUGAAACACAGGGGUGUAUUACCGGUUCCUCUUCUGUAUUGAUUAAUGGAACGCAUUUGGAACACACUCCUAAGUGAGUUCAUUCCUUCCCUCAGCAAGUGAUACCUUUCGCAUUGCUGCCAUUGUGUGUCUGUCUAAAAAGACCACCCUUCCAGUGGAUAACACAGGGUGUUUAUGGGAGUCUAUGGAUAGGAGGAUGGUCUCCAAUCUAAGGCAGGCUUCCCCAAACUCAGACCCUCGAGAUGUUACUGAACUACAACUCCCAUGAUUCUCAGCCUAUCUAUUUAUUUCAUAGAAUCGUUGGAGUUCAGCAACAUCUGGAGGGCCGGAGUUUGGGGAAGCCUAAACUAAGGCUUAUCUUGCAUCUGGAUCUGGGAUCCGUCCAGCUGUGGCUAUGACUUCAGUGUCGAGAGCUUUGAAACUGUGGUUAUAUGACCUGGAGGAGGAUAUCUCAAAUGAAGUCAGUAGAACCAGGCUUCUGGAUUCCCUGAACAAAUUCAGGCUCGUUAUUGAUUUUUCUUCAGAUGCUUCUAUAGAUCUGGUUAGAUCAUCUCGAGAAGCAUGGCCUUAUCCAUAGCGUUUAGACAAGCUCUUUGGCUGAGAAAUUUGAUGGUGCAUACCUCAUUAAAAAUAGCUUAUGUGCCCUUCCAUUUCAGGGGGAUAUGCUUUUUGGGAAACAUCUUGAUGAGUGCAUCAAAAGGGCAGUGGAAGGAAGUAAAGCAUUUCUCCCCCAAACGAUCCUUUCCUCAAGAAAGACGGUCCUUUCGGGGUAAAUAUUUAAGACGCUACAGACCUGGCAGAGAAUUCUCAAGAACACAGCCAUGGAAGGGAGGCCUCUCCUCUUCUAGAGGAAAUUCUGGCAAAGGUGGUUUAUCCAGACAGUCAAAGCUGUUCUGAUGGGACACCAGUCCUUGAGGGUGGGAGCCAGACUCCUAAAACUCUCUAAAGUCUCGGCUCAGAAUAUUUCGGGCAAAUAUGUUCUAAAAAUCAUCCAUGCUGGUUAUUUCCUGGAAUUUACAACUAUUCCUCAUCUACAAUUCCUUCCUACCCGGAAAAGAUAAGAGCUCUCUUCUCUUUCACCUCGUCCCUUCUUACGGAAUCUGUAAUAUGCCAGGAUCCCAAGAAGAAAAAGGUUUGGGGUAUUAUUCAAGGCUUUUCCUGACCCCAAAAGCUUCAGGAGAAUGGAGACCGAUCUUGGCUCUUCACGAUCUCAGCGAGCAAUUGUCUGUGAGAAAAUUUCAAAAUGGAAUCCAUCAGUUCCAUCAUAAAGGUCAUGUCUCCAGAAGACUGGAUGGUAUCUAUAGGCCUUCAAUAUGCAUACUUCCAUGUCCUGAUUGCUAUUCCUCACCAAAAAUUCCUGAGGUUUGCAAUAGAGCAUCAUCACUUUCAGUUUCGGUCACUUCCCUUCGGUCUCCGCACAGCCCCAAGAACCUUUUACAAAAAUUUUAAUAUCCCUCAUUGCUUUUAUUCGUUUAGAAGGUAUCUCCAUUUUCCAUUAUCUGGACGAUAUCCUGGUUCUUUCAAACAACAAGAAUCUUCUUGUUUCCCACAGAGAGCGAGUUCUUCAACUGCUUCACAAAUUCGGAUGGAUCAUCAACCGCAAGAAAAGUGAGCUUUUGCCAUUCCAGGAUAUGAUUUAUCUAGGAGCAAGGUUGGAUAGAAUCAAAGAGACAGUGUCCCUGUCUCUGGAAUGGGGUUGGAAGAUCCAACAGAAAAUUCUCCAUCUCAUAGCAGUCAAGUCAGUCACGGCCAAAGAAUUCAUGAGCCUUUUCGGUAGUCUAUUCUCAACAAUAGGCCUCACAAGAUGGGCUCAGUGGCACAUGAGGAUCCCCCAGUCGGAAUUCCUUUUGAAAUUCUUAAACAAAGAUCUGAACAGGAAGAUCCUAAUUUUUUCCAAGGUAAAGAAAAGAACUAGCUUGGUGGCUAGAAGAUCGCAAUCUCUUCCUUGGUUUUCCUCUGGGUCACACUCUUAAUAACAAUUACAACAGGCGCCUGUCGGACCGCGUGGGGAGCACACCU